GGAAUCAUCGCUCUUCUGGCGCAGGCGCAGAGCAUCCCCGCGGCUUGGGAUUCCUGCGGACACCCUCGGUUCUAGUCUAGGGGCAUAAACCGACGAUUUUUGAGACUUUUUCCACAUGGAAAGAACCGGGCCGGAACAUUAACGGCAUGCCACAAUCCUACCAUGGACAGCCAUAGUAAUAUGGUCGCUUCUAGUUCAGCGCAAGGGUCCCUAUUUCUUUUCCACAUCAACAUAUGUUACCUUCCCAUUCUUCAAGAAACUAAACCAAAUUUUGUUCACUCUUUUGACCUUAAUCGACACCAGCUUUACCCGUCGAAUCUAGGUAGCAAGGUCGUAAAUACUUCAUUCAACCUUCCACCCUCUUAUUUUCCGCUCGUUUCUUUUUCCCAAACUCAGCCCCCAUUGUUGACUUCACAUCACUCGUUUUUCUUUGAUCAAAGCUUUCCUUAUUCCAACCGUCUUGUUUCCCCUUGGAUUAUUCGUAGACAUUACAUCAACAUGUACCAACAAAACCAAGUUGACACCCAUCUCAAACGUUCCUCUGCUUCUUACUGUGUUAGCUCUUACUCCAUUUCCUUUUUGGUUAUUUUCCUUUGUACCAUACUGGCCUAUGUAUGAUGCCGAAGUACUGGAUGGUGGUAAGCCCUACCCUACUGCUUUUCACACUGUCUGUUCGAACAAUUGGCC